UACUGGAAUUCAUGACAAUUGACUGUUUUUUUUUCUUGCGUUUUUUGUCUUUCAGUUGAUGAGGUAAAAACCAGGGCAGAGUCUCUGCGAGCGCAAUAUUCCAGGCUAAUAAAACCUAAACCAAGUGGGAGUGGGACCAAACCUUUGACAUCCAGGCAAAGGUGGCUCCUCAGAGUAAUGGAUUUUAUUAAGCAGCAUAUUUCUCACCGUCCAUGUGAGACCACUCUUGAUAUGCCUGAGCUGGAUGAGCUUUCUGAAACAUUUGAAACUGAACCAUCACCAACACCACCAUCAAGAGCAGGAACACCCUCACCCACCCCAUCACGUGUUGCUUCCCCCCAUGAAGAUCAAGGGGAAGUUAAUUUGCCUGCUUCAGCAUCUAGCAGCAGAAAGACACUUGAGGAGUCAACUGCAAAAGGGGUGAAACGAAAGAGGAGGUCAGAAGCCGAUGUCGAAUUGCAGAAACUUGUGGUUUUAAAGCAAAUGGCUGCAAAAGUGGAUGCUGAUUCCACCCCUGAUGUCUUUACCACUUUUGGAAAUCAAGUUGCAUUGGAAUUAAGACAAAUACAGGACCCAGCAAUUGUAACUAGACUAAAAAGAAACAUCAUGAAUAUGAUUUACGAUGCUCAAGAACAUGAACGAAGUAGACCCUCCUCCUCACAUGCACCAUACACAUUUCAGCCUAUUAAUCCACCACAACAGUCCCAUCCGCAAUAUGUAGCACAUCAGGGUUCUGAACCGCAGAGUUUUUUGCAAAAACUGCAACACUUUGACCCAAAGGAAAGCCUUUGAAAUAAUUAUUUUUCUAUUUUUUUUUACAUUGACAUAUUUAUUUUUUAUAAUAUGUUUUUGUUUUUACUACUAGAUGUGGAUUGUUGUGGCUAUUC